AUGGCUUCAGCUGAGGAUUAUGGCUUCUUGCGGCCUCCCAGUAAUGACGAAUAUGAGCCCGUCUAUCGCAAACCAUCCGCCUACAAUCCUCUCCAGACUUUUACGUUACCCAUGGGUAGUGUCCGACACUAUCAACAGCAAUAUGGUGACAUGUACUUUUUGCGUCUCGCGAAGCUAAAGCCCGCGGUGGAAAAAGUUGCGACGGAUGCCUGGGGCGAGCUCACAGUUGCCGGAGAAUCUGCGCGACGCGUGGACCGAGUGCUGGAUGUGCGACAGGGAGAGCUCUGCUGGAUGGCUGGCACAGUAUAUAUGGACAUGCCAUUGAAACCCAACAUUUUGGAGGAUCUGACACGAGAGACCUUCACGUCCGCUCCUCCUCCCCGCCGUACCUAUGCCGACCCGUCCAACCCGUCCGCGACUCAGGUCAUGAUGGAGGAUGAGUCUGGCCGUAUCCGCUUGACUGGAAACCUUCUGGCAUCCACGCAGCUGGCCACAGGUGUCAUCAUUGCUGCGCUGGGAACAGAGACUGUUAACGGAGAAUUUGAGGUUAUCGACUUCAAGGUUCCUGAUCUAGCCCCACAGCCUCAGCGAUGGGAGCGGGGCGAGGCCGCCGCAGCGGCUUCAGAGCAAAGUGGCCAAGACGUGUCUAAAGGCUCAGGAAAAAUUGCCUUUCUGAGUGGGCUAGGCAUUACAGGCACAUCAAGUGAUACGCUUGCCUUGGAGCUUCUUACGGAUUAUCUUCUCGGCUAUACGAGCAUUGAUGGCAGCGACGCCGCGUCAAGAAUCACACGGCUCAUCAUUGCAGGCAACUCGCUCGGGGCCAGCGUGACCGCAGAUACAGCGUCAGCGGGUUCUGACAAUGCAGCCAAGAAGAAGCUGGCACCCAAGAAGUAUGGCUACGACGCCUCUGCAUACAACUCAUCACCCAUCACUCAACUAGACAACUUCCUUGCCGAGAUCUUGCCCAGCAUCCCGGUGACCCUGAUGGCCGGCGAAAAGGACCCCGCAAAUGUGUCUCUUCCCCAACAAGGGAUUCAUCGUGCAAUGUUCCCGCAAUCUCGGGCAUACUGCGCGCCUCCGCCAUCUGGCGAGAAUAAGGAAGAAGUUGGAUGGUUCGACAGCGUGUCAAACCCUUGGGAGGGUGAUGUAGAAGGAUGGCGACUUUGGGGAUGCAGUGGCCAGAAUGUGGACGACGUUCUCCGGUACUUGGACUUUCCUAGCGACGACACCGACCCUACAGCCGAAAGAGAUGAUUCUGAGGCUCGGCUGCGAAUCAUGGAAGCCAUGCUGCGGUGGCGGUGCGGUGUCCCCACGGCCCCCGACACACUCUGGUCAUACCCUUUCCAAACUGUCGACCCAUUCGUUCUAGAAACCUCACCUCACAUCUUUUUCACGGGUAAUCAGCCUUCCUUCAAGACUGCGGUGAUUGAGGCCGAUGCUCCCCUCCGACUAGAUGGAGACGUUGAAAUGACAGACUCUUCCGGUGAAACACCCACGGGUCGUGUACGACUACUAUCGAUUCCCAAGUUCAAGGAAACCGGGGAGUUGAUCUUGGUGGACACUGAGAGCCUGGAGGUCGAAGUAAUCCGAUUUGGUAAUUUUGCAGGCCAAGAAGAGAAAAAGUAA